CAUAAACAUUUGUAGCAGAAAAAAUAAAUAUAUCUAUUUUAAGAAAGUAAAGAUAAAAUCAAUUUUUCUUUAUAGAUAUCUAUAUAAACAGUCGUAAUAUAAAGUCGUAGGGCAUGCGCAUUAGCGACAAACGCACAUGUACACAAAUGCGAUAUUCAGGCGGCCUGCUCAAGGUAUUGUUUGUUAUGGAAGAUUCAUUUGGCUGGAAACGUUCGCAAUAGUGGGACUUCUUACACUCGCAGUAAAUAUUUAUUUUCACAUUAUUACAAUAUUAAUUAUAAUCACGCGUGUGUAUAUUUAUAAAAGAGAAGAUCGUUUAAUAUAACGCUCGUAAAAACAUUUAGCGAUCAAUUUGUUGAAAAUGUAAUUUAUCGUUACGCAUUUCUAUACAAAACUUAUAUAAUAUUUUCUGUUUUCUUGUGUAAUAGCACGCUAAUACGACUUCUUUUUCGUUUUACAAUACGUUUAGAAAAUCACGAUAUAGACAAAAGGAAUGAGUCAUAACCUUCAUAUUUUAUUUUUAAUUUCAUCAAAAGCAUCUUAGAUCUGUUAAAAUUGGAAACUCGAAAUAACGAGGAUUGUAUUACUUUUAGUUUCGUAAGAUUUUAUCUUUCUUUCUAUAGUUCUAUAGUUACCGGUAAAAACAGUAUUUAUAAUUUCUGGCAGCCAUAUUUGAUUUAGUCAUAGAAUCCAACAUGGGCGUUCCUUUUUGUCGUCUGCAAAGUGUCAAAUGCUUUGUGUUUUUUAAAGAUGGACAGGAUUAGUGAUACGUUAUAAUUACAAAUGAUUAGUACAAAAAUCUCAAAGAAAGAUCUGGAUUAAUGAACAUUGCUUAAUAUUUUUCUGUGAUUACGUUAUUUUUAUCGACGAAAAACGUACAUUUCUUAUGUACAAUAGUCAUCCGUAACACGAUACAUAUACAAGGAGAUUCGAGCUGAUAUAUAUCAAAGAAUUCUGUGAUUCAAUAAUUAAUUAUUAUGAAAUAAAUGAUCGUAAAUGUAUUGUAAGAAAUAUAUCUAUUAAAGGAAGAUAUUUGAAAAGAAGAUAGUGUGUGUAAAAAAGCAUCGAGAGAAGGUUAUGCUUGUCGUCAAGUGAAAAUUAUAUAUGUGUGCGUGUGCGUGCUACCGUGCUAUUUAUUCGUUUUUAAAUGAAUGACGAACGGACACCGAAUUACAAAUAAUAUUAUGUGGUCGAAAUAAGAUAAUUACUACUUUAAACCAUCGUACCUGGAUAUUCGAAUUAGCUGAUUUUCGUUAUAUUAAAAAAAAAAUAUUCAAGAAAUAAUUUCAUUUUACUGAAAAUUAUAUGACAUUUCAAAAAGAUUUACUGUUUUAUAAGAAAAGAACAAAGAGGUAAAAACAUUCGAAAAUUUGUAUUAUUGUGUCUUAUAAGUUGAUUCAAAGAUAUAUAUAAGAUGUCUGGGAACAAUACAAUGACAACAGACACGUUCAGAAGUGGGAACAUACAUAAUCGUAAUUCACAAAGAUCUACACUUUUAAAAGUAGUGAUUUUGGGUGACGGCGGAGUGGGAAAAUCUUGUCUUAUGAACAGAUUUGUAUCGAAUCAUUUUGAUGAACAUAAUUUUUACACUAUCGGAGUAGAAUUUUUAAACAAAGAUAUAGAAAUCAAUGGUGAAUCCUAUACUUUACAAAUAUGGGACACAGCAGGGCAAGAACGAUUUAAAACAUUAAGAACUCCAUUUUAUAGAGGUUCAGAUAUUUGUCUUUUAACUUAUGCCGUUGAUGAUAGAACAAGUUUUAAAAAUUUGGCUCUCUGGAGAUCAGAAUUUCUUUAUUAUGCGGAUGUUGAAGAAGCAUCUACCUUUCCAUUUAUAGUUGUGGGAAAUAAGGUGGAUGUUUUGGAAUCUGAAAAACAAGUAACAACAGAAGAAGCCAGAGCAUGGUGUGCAGAAAAUGGAGAUCCACCAUUAGUCGAAACAUCUGCAAAGGAUGCAACAAAUGUAGAAGCAGCGUUUGCAGCUGCUGUUGCUGCAUGGGCACGACUGGAGGCUAGAUUAGAACAUCCGUUAGUAGAAGAUACCGUCGACCUUUCUAAACAGCUCUCUCCUCAACGUUCCAGUUGCUGUAUGCCUGUCUCCGGUGCUGAGUAGAUUUCUUCCAUCCGAAAAGGAAGUAACCAAGGGUAGCACCAAAAACUACUGCGAAACAGAGCCAGGUGUUGAAUGUCAUGAAGAUCAGCAUUAAAAAGUAAGAAAGGAUGACUUGUAUGAUAUGCAGGAACGUUUGGAAACAAUGCAUCCAUGACAGCAUUGUGGGCCUGCACACAUAUACGAUUAAAAUAAUAUUUAUAUAUACAUAUAUAUAUAAACAUACAAUAUAUAAACGAAUUAUAUACAUUAAUAAAUAUGCAAAAACCCAUUGAAGCUUGCAAGAAAAGUAAACAGAAAUCAUUUGCAAUGCAAAGCUAAAAAAUUCCAUGAAAAAGUAAUAUAGUUUUGUCUCGUAAUUUUGUAAAUAUUAAACAUUCAAUUGCCUUAUAGAAAAUAAAUAAUGAAGUAAAAAAGAAUCUAGAUUGCAGAAUAGACAUGCUUGAUACAUUACAGGAACGACAAUGAGAAAAAAAUUUACAAAAGAAAAUAAUAUUUAAUUGCGAUUGUAAAGAUUUUUUUUAACAAUUAACAACAUUUAUCAAGACAUUAACCGUGCAAAAUUGUUAAAGGAGAAGACGAAAACGUCGAAAAGAGAAGCACUACUAGAGAAAAAAAGAGAGAUCAUUGUAAUGAGAUGUAUUGGCUAAUAUUAAAAUACUAAGGACAUCACAUGGAACUGUAAUUCAGUAAAUUAAAAUUUAGUAGGCCGUCAAAAUAUAUUUACUUACGGCCGUUUAUGGAUUACCUCACCAACCAUACUAGAAAGGGCAAAAUGGACAAGCUAAUUAAAUAAAUAUCGUUUGUUGUAUAAUUAUACUUAAUAUACAACUAGUCUAUAUACAUACUAUUAAUACGUAGAAAAUGGAACUCACUGGACAACUCUAUUAUCUUCAGCGACAACAUUCUUCUCUUGAGGCAUCGUAACGCUUCUAUAUUGUAAGGAACUAUAUGUCUUCCAGAAAAGAUAUUCCCGGUAAUACUUUAAACCCUCGUAAAGGGUAGCCAUAAUUAUUAUACCAAUCAUGGAACCGAUGAGACUACCGAUCGACGAUAUUUUCCAAGAUUCAAAUAGUACAGUCUCGCAGUAGCCGCCAUGAAAAGCCAUCUAGAUAUAAAAUCGAGUCUUUGUGAUAAAGCAACAGAAAUGAUUCUUCUCAUUAGUGAUUAAUGAUAUAAAUACGUACCGACAUACCAUGCAUUCCCAUAUUACUGCAACCACCCGUAGCAGCUGCUGAGCUGUGCUGAUGACCGCUAGCCAUGUGAUCCAUACCAGCAUGAUUCAUAUUUGCAUGGUCCAUAUUUGCAUGAUCCAUACCAGCGUGGCUCAUACUCCCAUGAUCCAUAUUUUCAUGAGACAUAUGAGCUGCAUGAGAGAAAUUCAUUUUUAACUUUAUUACUCUCGAAUAAUCUAUGAAAAGAAAAAAGGAAAAACAAUAACAAUAUCAAUCUGCAACUGAGAUAUAUAUUCUAUAGAACUAUCUUAUUAUUUUUUAUUUCACUAAAACUAUUCCUCAAUCGUUGAUUCCAUCAAUGAUACGAGUAACGGUUUAUUAAGCGAUAAAAACCGUUUCUCGUUUUAAUAGCUACCCCGAGAUAAGAAACAUAAAAAAGGAAACGAAAAAAGGAAAGAAAGAUCCGUUUCUCCGAAGUUGCCAGCUUGACCAUGGACGUUGUGUAUUCGUAAAGAGAGAGAGAAAGAAACGAUUCAUGACUCGUGUGUUCGUGCAAGCAGAACGAAGUGUUACGAUAAAAAACGAAGUCGGUAGAGACUUUCUAAAGGAGAUCUCCUGAUGAUAGGAUUGACGUCGUCUUUUUUUUACACGGACAUCGAGCGAACAUUCCAUUCUAAUGUAAAGUAAGAGAGAGAGACACAUAGAG